ACCCAACAUGAAUUCUAUCCGCCAGGUGCAACAGCUCAAUAAGCGCGAGCUGGAACAUGCCGUGCCACCAGAGGCAUCAUGGCAUGCGGACUACCGUGACACCGCAUAUAUCUACAUUGGCGGACUUCCAUUCGAUUUGACAGAAGGCGAUGUCGUUACAAUUUGCUCGCAGUAUGGCGAACCGGUCUAUGUCAACCUGAUCCGCGACAAGGAAACUGGCAAGAGCAAAGGCUUCGCGUUUCUCAAAUACGAGGACCAGCGCAGCACCGACCUUGCAGUGGAUAACCUAGGCGGCUCGACAGUUCUUGGUCGGAUGCUUCGAGUGGAUCAUACUCGUUAUAAGCGACGCGACGAUGAGGAAGAGGUGGAUAAUGUCGCAAAGCUGAUGGGCGAUGCGCCAACCAUUGAGAGCAAAGGAGAGAAGUCAAGCGACCGACACCGAGGAUCUGGCGAUGCAGAUCACGAGGAGAGAAGGCCGAUGUUGAAGGAGGAAAGGGAAUUACAGGAACUGAUUCAAAACCAUGACGAUGAAGAUCCGAUGAAAGAAUUUCUCAUCGAGGAAAAGAAGGAAGAGGUUGCGCGUGCAGUCGAGAAGUACAAGAGCAGUGAGAAAAAUUCAUCACGUCGACGAGGGGAUAGCAGGGAACGGUCAAGCCGACACAGUCGGCGACAUCGGUCUCGCGAGCGUAGAAACCGAGAUGAUCGUUCUCCUGGUCGAGAAAGGACCCGGCGCCGAUCGACGGAUCGUGAGAGAGAAUCCCAAAGAGAUCGAACACCAGUCAUGUCUCGAUCUGAUCGCGAUCGCGGUGAUCGCUCGCCAGCCCGUGAGAGAAUGCCACGGCGUCGAUCAAAGGAAAGGUCCAGAAGAGAUCGGACGCCAAAGAGAUCACGCUCACCCGAGUCACGAAGACAUCGGAGUGACCGAGACCGGGAUGAUCGCCGCUGA